GUGGCCGGCGGGUGGCUGUGCCAGUGCCCGCAGCGGCCAUGGCGGCGGAACUGCGGUCGCUGGAGCGGUGCCUGGAGCGGCACGUCCCGCUCGCGGAGCUGCGCGAGGUGAAGCGGAUCCUCUACGGCAGCUCCGCGAGAGAACUCAAUCUGCCAGCUGCUGCUGUAUCCGCAGGAAGAGAGAAGGAUUUUGAACUACAAGGCUAUGGAUUUGAAGCUGCAGUAGAACAGCUGAGAACGCCACACAUUGUGCGAGUGGGACUGAUUCAAAAUAAAAUCCCACUUCCCACAGAUAGCCCUGUGGCAGAACAGGUGGCUGCACUGCAUAAACGAAUAGAGGAGAUUGUGGAGGUGGCAGCAAUAUGCGGGGUCAAUGUGGUCUGCUUUCAGGAGGCGUGGACCAUGCCCUUUGCUUUCUGUACAAGAGAGAAGCUUCCUUGGACUGAAUUUGCAGAGUCAGCAGAAGAGGGCCAAACCACCAAGUUCUGUCAGAAGCUGGCAAAGAAACACAAUAUGGUUGUGGUGUCUCCGAUCUUGGAGCGAGAUGAUGUGCAUGGAGGAACUCUGUGGAAUACUGCUGUGGUGAUUUCAAACUCUGGCUCUGUCCUUGGGAAGACCAGGAAAAACCACAUUCCCAGGGUUGGAGAUUUCAAUGAGUCUACCUACUAUAUGGAAGGAAACAGAGGGCAUCCAGUGUUCCAGACUCAGUUUGGGAGGAUUGCUGUGAAUAUCUGCUUUGGGCGCCAUCACCCACUCAACUGGCUCAUGUACAGCAUAAAUGGAGCAGAGAUUAUCUUUAACCCUUCAGCAACUAUUGGAGAGCUCAGUGAGUCAAUGUGGCCAAUUGAAGCAAGAAACGCAGCCAUUGCUAACCACUGCUUUACGUGUGCCAUAAACCGAGUAGGAACUGAACAUUACAUGAAUGCAUUCACAUCUGGAGAUGGUAGGAAAGCACACCAUGACUUGGGUUAUUUCUAUGGCUCGAGUUACGUGGCUGCCCCAGAUGGCAGUAGAACUCCUGGACUGUCCCGCACGCAGGAUGGGCUUUUGGUUGCCGAGAUGGAUCUAAACCUUUGCAGGCAAGUCAGUGACAAAUGGAAUUUUAAGAUGACGGGUAGAUACGAAAUGUAUGCAGAGGAACUUGCUAAGGCAAUCCAGCCAGAUUUUACACCCAACAUCAUUAGAGAGUAACCAUGUUAGUGACAAUAGCAUCUUCCCUAAAAAUACAAAAGGGAUGUAGAUAAGGUUGUCAGCCAAAGUCUUGUUACUGAAGCUGAAGUCUGAUACAGGAAGUUAUAAUGAUGUUCAGUCAAGAAGUUACCACACUGCAGGUGGGAUCUCCUUAUGACAUGCUUCAAAGGGUGCAUCACACAUUUUGUAGCACUGAAAUGCUAUAAUUGAGACUACUCCAAAUGAGGAAUACUGUACACUCAUAUGAUCUGAGACUUGCAAAUUACAUUUGUCUGUUCAAUUUUGUCACAGGACAGGUGUCCAUUCUGUUUAACGGGACUGUUAUGCAUACAAGGACUGGAAAGGGUGUCUGUUGUAAUGACUCUAGUAAUGGAUUUUGUUUAAAUAUGAUUCACUUGGCACUAUUUACUAUGAGCCAUUGGCUGGGGCUUGGAAAUAUUUUCAUUGUCCUGGAAUUUUAAUUGAAAUGGAGUUUGUUACAAUGCGAUUCUACCUGUAUAAGUCAGAGUUAUAGGUAACUUAUGCUGCAAAGUGAAGAACAAAUACUUAGAGAGCUGAGUGAGGAAUAUGCCUGGCUCAGAUUUAAGUUCUGCAGCAUAUGUUAAAGUGCGUGUUGGGGAAAUAGUAUGUAGGUGAAAUACUGCAUGGCUCUCAGAAAAUGCUAGUGUAGUUGGUGGAGGACUUUCCCUCACACCCAUUAUACUGGGAUAAAAAUGUUAGCACAAUACGCCUUGUAGACUCUCUGCAUGGGGUCUUCUGAUAUCAGUAGUCUCUUCUUCCCAUCAUUUGAAAUACCCCCUUUUUCGGUCAGUGAUAGGCUGGAUGUUGAAUCAGUCAGAUGAUUCAGAAGAAUAAUGGCUGCAUAUGUUGCUCUUGCACUUCUGAAAAGGAGAAGCUAGUUAGGAUUGGACUAGGUCUUAUUUCUCUACUUUUCCCUUUGCUUUCUGUGAUAACUUUUUAUUGUCCUAUUGCCAAACUGCUUACAUAUUUCACAUUAUAGGCAUGUUCCCUUUGGAUGAUUUAUCUCGCCAAGAAGACACUGUUCUACCCCUGACUCCUUGGAGAAUUGUUAUGUUUGUGUUUAUUGGCUUAAGAUAUUGGAUGCCCUGUUCCUAGACUUACUCUCUCCCUCCCCUCCCUGGGCCGUAUGGAAGGGGUCAAAACAUUUAAAACCCAGUAUCUAAAAUUAGGUUGCCAAAUCAUUAAGUGCCCAAAUAAGGACCUAGGAGCCUAAGUUUUGGCACCCCUUUUUAAAAGAUUUUGUGUCCUGUGGCAUGGCUUAGAGAAGACUGUCUGGCUCUGGUAACGAUUAACAAGCCUUUCUACAAGGACUUAGAACAGGUAAAAAUUAAGAAAAAGAGAUAUUGUUUAACUGGAUUUCUGAUGGCAGAAGCAAAGAGUAGACAUUUCUUCUCAGUGGAAAUGCCCUUUUUGGAAUGCUUCGGACAAGUAAACAGUGUGAGGAAAUAAUCUUAGCAAUGGCAGGAUCAGCAUGGAUUACUGUAGUUUUUCCAGGUUUAGGACCAUAUUUUAGUCCAUCGUACCAUUAAAGCUAGAGCAACUCCAGUGAAAUCCAUGGCAUCAUUUUAGAUUGAUGCUGGUAUAACUGAAUUCAGGUUCUGUUCCUUAACGUCUGUUUGCAUCUUAAUGCUUUACAAUUUAAAACUUCAGUCAAGCAGGAAUAAACAUUGCAUGUUCUGUUAGGGCCUUAUCUAACAUUAAUGUUCAUAAAACUAUUGUGAAUUGCACAGCUUUGAUUAGAUUUGCCACAAAGUUCAGCUUGCAUCAAGACAGCUUUUUAAACUGUGGUUAAACCAAAGGGAUCUGAAUCAUGUUCAGUGAUUUCAAAUGGUAUUUGUAUAAAUGGGUAAUACUGUUGUAGAUUGGCAGAAAUCUCAGGAUUUUGUCACCCUACUUUCCUGUAUCUAAUUUUUUAAUAGCAGGGCUCAAAACUCUGUUAAGUAAAAUGAUUUUUCAAACAG